AUGACCUCGGGGUGCCCGUCGCCUCCUCCCCUCUUCGCCAGCAUCAAGGCGGUGUUUCUUGAGGGCGGAUUCAUCACCCCUUCUCUAACCUCUCUUCCCAUUCCUCCCCCUUUCUCUCUCUUUCCCCUCCCUCGCCCCUCACUGCAACUCCAGCCCAUGUCCAAGGGUCUUCCCGCCCCGCCUCCCCUCUUCGCCAGCAUCACGGCGGUGUUUCUAGAGGGCGGAUUCGUCAGCCCUUCUCUAACUUUCACGCGCCUCUUCUCUCUCCCCCAUCGCGUGCAACCCAUUCAGCCCAUGGCCAAGGGGUGCCCCUCACCGCCUCUCCUCUUCGCCAGCAUCACGGCGGUCUUUCUGGAAGGAGGAUUCGUCAGCCCUUCCUUUGCUGACGUGGCAAGCAUUCUCCAGUGUGGAGGUGGCACUGUGAUUCCAAGCAGCCCUCUUCACUCCCCCACAGCCAAGACCCUUCUUGCUGCCUUCUCCAAUCCAUCUAACACAAUGAAUAGCACCACCAUUGCCGCCGAAAAGAGGGAAAGAAAGGAAGGGGAGGCGAAGACUCUCUUGGUGGUGUAUGCUGAUGUGCCUGCGAACACGCCGGCUGGGUCGGGUAAGAUGCGGCAAGAACUGUUGUUGGUGGAGAAGAGGAGGGCGGCUGCUGGGCUACUGGGGAAGGAGGUGGCGGCUCGUGCCUGUGUGACGCACAACUGGAUCAUUGACUCGGCUGCUGCGUUUGAGCUGAAACCAUUCUAG